CGCUGACCGUAGAGGCAGCCAUGCAGGAGCCCCUGCUGGGAGCCGAGGGCCCAGGCUACGAUACCUUCCCUGAGAAUCCACCCCCGUUGCCAGGAGACAGGGCGCGAGACCGGUGACCCUGCAGAACAAGAGGGUGUUCCUAGCCACCUUUGCUGCCGUGCUGGGCAAUUUCAGCUUCGGGUAUGCCCUGGUCUACACGUCCCCUGUCAUCCCGGCCCUGGAGCACGCCUCAGAUUCAGACCUGCGCCUGACCAAAGACCAGGCCUCCUGGUUCGGGUCUGUGUUCACCUUGGGUGCAGCGGCUGGGGGCCUCAGUGCCAUGGUCCUCAACGACCUCCUGGGAAGGAAGCUUAGCAUCAUGUUCUCCACCGUACCUUCAGCAGCCGGCUAUGCACUCAUGGCAGGCGCCCAUGGCUUCUGGAUGCUGCUGCUGGGGAGGACGCUGACAGGCUUCGCUGGGGGGCUCACAGCUGCCUGCAUCCCGGUCUAUGUGUCUGAGAUUUCUACCCCCAGAGUUCGUGGGGCUCUGGGGGCCACACCCCAGCUUAUGGCAGUGUUUGGAUCCCUGUCGCUGUAUGCCCUUGGACUGUGGCUGCCCUGGCGCUGGCUGGCUGUGGCCGGCGAGGGACCUAUAUUCAUCAUGAUCCUGCUGCUCAGCUUCAUGCCCAACUCGCCACGCUUCCUGCUUUCACGGGGCAGGGGUGAGGAGGCGAUGCAGGCACUGGCCUGGCUUCGAGGGGCCCAUGCCGACGUCCGCUGGGAGUUUGAGCAGAUCCAGGACAGCGUCCAGAGACAGAGCAGCCGCAUGUCUUGGGCCGAGGCCUGGGACCCCCACAUAUACCGGCCCAUCGCCAUCGCCUUGCUGAUGCGCUUCCUGCAGCAGCUGGCGGGUAUCACACCCAUCCUGGUCUACCUGCAAUCUAUCUUCACCAGCACUGCUGUCCUGCUGCCCCCCAAGGAUGACGCAGCCAUCGUAGGGGCCGUGAGGCUCUUCUCUGUGCUGAUUGCUGCCUUCACCAUGGACCUGGCAGGCCGCAAGGUCCUGCUCUUCGUCUCAGCAUCCAUCAUGUUUGCUGCCAACCUGACGCUGGGACUAUACAUCCACUUGGGCCCGAGGCCGCUGACCCCUAAUGGCACCAUGGGCCUUGAAAGCAUGCCCCUGGCGGGUACCGAGCAGCCCCUGGCUUCCACCACCAACUACCUCACCCUGGUGCCACUACUAGCCACCAUGUUCUUCAUCAUGGGAUAUGCCAUGGGCUGGGGGCCCAUCACUUGGCUCCUCAUGUCAGAGAUCCUGCCUCUGCGUGCACGUGGCGUGGCCUCGGGACUAUGUGUGCUGGCUAGCUGGCUCACAGCUUUCGCCCUCACCAAGUCCUUCCUGCCUGUGGUGAACGCCUUCGGCCUGCAGGUGCCUUUCUUCUUCUUUGCCGCCAUCUGCCUGGUGAACCUGGUGUUCACAGGCUGCUGUGUGCCGGAGACAAAGGGCCGGUCGCUGGAACAGAUCGAGUCCUUCUUCCACACCCGGAGGUGGUCCUUCCUUCGAUAGAUCAAG